ACAAAAUAAAAGCAACCAUCUAACCUUGUUGAAACAAAAAAGAAUGGAGGAAUCAUCCUCAUCCUCAUCCUCUUACAAGACAGCCAAAGUCGAUGUACCCCUCCAUUCUAUUGGGUUUGAAAUUGAUGAGUUAACCCCGCAGAGAGUCACUGGCCGCCUUCUUGUUCAAGAAAAGACAUGUCAGCCCUUCAAGGUGUUACACGGCGGUGUAUCGGCUUUGAUAGCGGAGUCGUUGGCAAGCAUAGGAGCCCACAUGGCAUCUGGAUUCAGAAGAGUGGCUGGUAUUCACCUUAGUAUUAAUCAUUUGAAAGGUGCUGAGCUUGGUGAUGUUGUUUAUGCUGAGGCUUUCCCUGUCAACGUUGGAAAGACCAUUCAGGUGUGGGAGGUUCGACUCUGGAAAAUUGAUCCUGCAAACUCACAAGUCAAGUCUAUGGUUUCUUCCUCCAGAGUUACUCUUGUAGCCAACAUGCCUGUGCCUGAUAAUGCCAAAGAUGCUGGAGAUAAUCUUAAAAAGUAUGCUAAAUUGUGAACAUAAAAGUGCAUGAUUAUGCUUGACUUGUUUGGAAAGUAUGAUCUUUACUCAUGCUCAUUUCAUCCCUGCAAUCCUAUUCAUUAUGCUUUACCUGUAUAAAUUGAAUCAAUAAUUCACAGUUUCAGAUGUAUGCACUCGCA